GAAGCUGCAGAGGGGCCUCCGAGGGGGGAGGCGGAGUGCCGCUUCCGGGAGGGAGUCAGUCCUCCGAGGGAAGGAGCGGCAGGUGGGGUCUCUGUGUCCUCUGUUCUGUCCCGGAGAGAGACCGAGGGAGCAGGGCCUCUUCCAGGCGGGCCCAGGCAGCAGAGGCCGGGAGGCGGCCACAUCAGUUCUCCCAGUCCUUCCGCUUUAAAUGCCAUCUGAGAGAAGAGGUGGACACAUCUUCCUCCAGUUUGGAGGCAGCCUAGAAGUGCAGAACCAAGAUGGAAGGGCAAGAGCCAGCUGCUGCCCAGUUGGAAGUAUUUUCUUCUGCUGUUGAGGAAGGGAACAAAAGAACAUUCUGGGAGGAACCUUGGAAGACAGAUCAAGAGAGCAGUCUGCUCCAUUCAGACCUUCAGUGCCAGCGCUUCCGGCAUUUCCGCUAUGAGGAGGCCUUGGGACCCCGAGAGGUUUGCAGCCGCCUCCACUCUCGCUGCCGCCUAUGGCUGAAGCCAGAGGAACAUACAAAGGGGGAGAUGCUGGACCUGGUGCUCCUGGAGCAGUUCCUGGCCGUCCUUCCUGCGGAGAUGGAGCGCUGGGUGAGGGAAUGUGGGGCAGAGACCAGUUCCCAGGCUGUGGCUUUGGCUGAAGGAUUCCUCCUGAGUCAGGAAGAGGAGAGGAAGAGGGAGAAGCCUCAGGUGCAGGACUCAUUUGCAGAUGGGCCCAGUCAGGUGGAGGAAUCACACAUUUGGGCCGUCCAUAUUGGAGAAGGAGAAUAUAUCAUAGUUGAUAGUGAAACAUGGCCAAGUGAUAGUAGCACAACUUUUCAUGAUCCUUUCCUAAGAAGACAUUCUGUGGGACCAGAUAAGGUGACUUUUGAAGAUGUGUCUGUGGAUUUCUCAGAGGAGGAGUGGGCCCUCUUGGAUCCAAGCCAAAAAGCCUUGCACCAGCAAAUCAUGGAGGAGAAUUUGGGGAGUGUGUCAGCUCUGGAGGAGACACCAUUUGAAUAUUUGGAAGAGGGAAUGAAUUUCAAUUGGAAGGAAGCACUCACCUUUUUUCAAGAAACUCACACAAGGGAUAAACCAUUGAAAUGUUUGGAGUGUGGAAAGAACUUCCGUCAUAAAUCAGACCUUGUUCGACAUCAGGCAACUCACACAGGAGAGAGACCGUUUCAAUGCUUGGAGUGUGGAAAGAACUUCAGUCACAAGAGAAACCUUAUUUGUCAUCAGGGAACUCACACAGGAGAUAAACCAUUUCAGUGCUUGGAGUGUGGGAAAAGUUUCUCUCAGAAGUUCGGCCUUUUGCGUCACCAGGCAGCUCACACAGGAGAGAGACCUUUUAAAUGUUUGGAAUGUGAAAAGAGUUUCAGUCAAAAGAGAAACCUUAUUCGUCACCAGGCAACUCACACAGGAGCAAAACCAUUUAAAUGUUUGGAAUGUGGAAAGAACUUCAGUCAAAGUAUUAGCCUUGUUUAUCAUCAGCAAGCUCACAUAGGAGAGAGACCAUUUAAAUGCUUGGAAUGUGGAAAGACCUUCAGUCAUAAGGUAGGCCUUGAUUGCCAUCAGAAAAUACACACAGGAGAAAAGCCAUUUAAAUGCUCAGAGUGUGAAAAGAGCUUCAGUCAUAAGGGAGGUCUUGUUCGUCAUCAGGCAACUCAUACAAAAGAAAAGCCAUUUAAAUGCCCAGAGUGUGGAAAGAGCUUCAGUCAAAGGGCAAACCUUGUUCGUCACCAGGCAACUCACACAAGAAAAAAGCCAUUUUCUCUUUCGAGAAAAGGUGUACCUUUCGAGCUUCAGUUGAAAAAUACAUCAUGCUCAUCGUAAGGCAGCUCGCACAGGAGAAAGGCCAUUUAAAUGCUCAGAGCGUGGAAAGAGCUUCAGUCGGAAAUCACAUCAUGUUCAUCAUCGGGCAACUCACAGCGGAGAAAAGGAGUGUGGAAAGAGCUGCAGUUGAAAUACAAGGCAUUUUUUAAAUUGUCAGUCCACAUGGAAGAAAUACUCAACCCAUGGGGUAAAGGCAAUUUCCCAUUAGAUGGGGCAUGAAUUAUUGCCAUAGAAACUCGGUUUUAAAGCCAUGGAUUUUUGGGGAAAUAAUAACCAUUUUCUUUGAUGAAAUAUCUCAUUAAGCAGAAGUGAUAAUAUUUUGAGAGCUAAAGGAGGGAUAUUUCAUGUUUUUUUUCCCAUCCAUUCAUGCAUACUGGUUACUGCAAAUAUUUCCUGUCCUAUGUAUUCAGGGUUAAAAAUACAUUUAAUCGAGAAAUGUGAUGAGAAGUAUGGGAAUGGGUUUGAUGAAUGACUAUCUCUCCUGUGUAUCAUGUAAUUCUAUGUAUGUGGUAGGGUUUUUUCUUGUCCUAUCAAUAACAUAGAAAUAAUAGAAAAUCUAUUACAGAUGUGUGUGUAUGUAUGCAAUCUGAAAAAUACUUUUGUGUUUCUUAAAAUAUGUAAGUGAGAAUUAAUCUAGUUUAGCCUCAAUAAAAGGCGUGUUUAGAAUUCUGAGUCUCUUCUGUAUGAUAUGAUAUUAAUGGAAUAAUUUUGCACUGAGUGUAUUUGCUAAGGAAAGAAGGAAGUGAUUAACAAUUACCAAAUUUACAGUGGUGUCUUCAAUUAGAGACAAUAUGUAUAAAAUGUUCUACAGGUGUUAUACAACACCAGCUCUCCAAGCUAAAAUAGAUAAUUCACAAUCAGGAUUCUUUUGAAGGUAUAAAAUAAAGAAAGGGCCCUUCUUCCAUGUGUGGUAGUCUUGCGAAUUGGCACAGGCUUAUUGGAAAAAAAUAUGCAGGAAACAAAAUAAUCCAUUGCAAAGUAAACAAAAAUAUCCAGGGAUGUCCCUAUUAGGGUUAUUCAGAAACAAUCUAGAGCAGCUGGAAAAAUAAAUUUGCCCAUACAGCUUCGCAGCUACAUGUAUAACAAUUGCCAAAGAUUAGGAAUGUUAAAAAACGCUAAGCAUCAAAAAUUGUAGGAGCAAACUGUGGGAUUACAUGCCAAGAUUGCUAGUAAUUUGAAAAAUGAAAGUCAUGAAGUUUUUGGAAGAAACUGGAAGCUGGCUAUUGCAUAUCUGACGAGAGGAUUUAAGAAAUAAAAAUAAGAGGAAUCUAUUGUCCUAGAAUUAUAAAAGGGUAAAUAAAAUGAGCAUAAACUCUACGAUAAUGAAUUACAGAAGCCAAGGUGGUGAGUGCACAGGGGACAGGAUGAGGGCUAACUGCAAUGAUAGUGGUGAGUUGUCUAUGUAUGUGAAUGUGUACAUAUUUAUAAUAUGUAUUGUAGUAUUGUAAUAUUAAAAGGCAUAACUGAUAAUAUUUUGAGAGCUAAAGGGAGGAUAUUUCAGAGUUUUUAUCCAUUCAUACAUACUGGUUACAAAUAUUUCCUUUCAUGUAUAUUCAGGGUUAAAAAUACAUUUGAGAAGUUUGAUGGGAAUGGGUUCGAUGAAUAGCAGCCCUGUGUUUCAUGUAAUUCUGUGAAUUUGGAACUGGGUUUUCUUUUAUUAAAUACCUAAUAAAGUAGAACUGAUACAUUGUUUUCUAUCCACUCCUAUAUACUGGUUACUGUAAAUAUUUCAAGUCCUAUGUAUAACAUAUAAAUAAUAGAAAAUCUAUUACAGAUGUGUGUGUCUAUCUUCAAUCUCUAAAUAUGUAAAUUAGAAUUAAUCUAGUUUAGUCUGGAGAAAAGGCGUGUUUAGAAUUCUGAGUUUAUUAUGUAUGUUUUGAUAUGAAUGGAAUAAUUGUCUCCUAUCUUCUGGAGCAGGGGUCCUCAAACUUUAUAAGCCGAGUGCCGGUCCACAAUCCUUCAGACUGUUGAGGGGCCGGAUUAUCAUUUGAAAAAAAAUACAAACUAAUUCCGAUGCACACUGCACAUGUCUUAUUUGUAGUGCAAAAAGAACAAGAACAAGAACAAUGAAAGAACAAUACAAUAUUUAAAAAUAAAAACAAUUUUAACCAACAUACAUUUAUCAGGAUUUCAAUGGGAAGUGUGCUCCUGCUUCUGGCCAAUGAGAUAGUCAAGUUAAUUAGGAUUGUUGUUGUUGUUGUUGUUGUUGUUGUUGUUGUGUGCCUUCAAGUCAUUUCAGACUUCGGGCGAGCCUAAGUCUAAAAUAUAUUUAUUUAUUAUUUAUUUAUUUACUGCAUUUAUUUACUACAUUUGUAUCACACCCUUCUCACCCCAAAGGGGACUCAGAGUGGCUUACAAAUUACAUUCACAUACAAUACAUUAUAUUAUUAGCAUAGCACAAUAUUAGCAUUAUAUAUUACUAUAUUGAACUAUACCACUAUACUGUAAUAUUAUUAGUAAUAUUAUAUGUAAUAUAGAAUAUAUAAUUAAUAUUAUUAUAUGGUAUUAUUAUUAGUGUUAUAUUGUAUUACAUUAUAAUAUUAUUAUCAAUAUUAUAUGUAUAUACAAUAUAUCAUAUUAUAAAACUGAGGGCGGGGGCCAAGUAAAUGACCUCGGAGGGCUGCAUCCGGCCCCCGGGCCUUAGUUUGGGGACCCCUGUUCUGGAGUAUUAGGCAGAAAAAAUAAAAUGCAAAGAUACAGGAUGGAUAUAUCUCACACCAGAAGUGACUUGCAGUCAGUGCCAAUCACUUAGCACUUUAUAUCUACAUUCUGUGGAUUCAGCUGGGCAGUAAUAUUGAUUUCAUGGAUCUUUUAACUGAUUAUUUUAUUAGAGGUUGUUUUAUCCAAUUUAUGUAUCUGGUUUAUGUAAUGUUAGUAUUGUUUUCAUAUUGAUGUACAGUAGAGUCUCACUUAUCCAACGUUCGCUUAUCCAACAUUCUGGAUUAUCCAAUGCAUUUUUGUAGUCAAUGUUUUCAAUACAUCGUGAUAUUUUGGUGCUAAAUUUGUAAAAACAGUAAUUACUUCAUAGCACUACUGAAUAUUGAACUACUUUUUCUUUCAAAUUUGUUGUAUAACAUGAUGUUUUGGUGCUUAAUUUGUAAAAUCAUAAUUUAAUGUUUAAUAGGCUUUUCCUUAAUCUCUCCUUAUUAUCCAACAUAUUUGCUUAUCCAAUGUUCUGCCGGCCUGUUUACAUUGGAUAAGCGAGACUCUACUGUACUAAUAAAUAUAUAGCCACUUUGAGUCUCCUUUGUGUAGAGAAAAAGCAGGGGCCCCAGUGAAGUGAGCGAGAGAUACCACUACUUAUAAUAUUAUUAUAAUUGUAUUAAAUUAUUGUUAUACUUAUUAUAUUAUAAUGUUAUAUUAUAACUGUAUUAUAGUAUAAUUAAAUACAAUAAUUAUAUAAAUAUAUCUGUGGAAGGUCCAAGGUGGGAGAAAGAACUCUUUUCUGUUUGAGGCAAGUGUGAAUGUUGCAACUGGCCUGCUUGAUUAGCAUUUAAUGGCCUUGCAGCUUCAAAGCCUGGCUUCUUACUGGCAGGGAAAUACUUUGUUGGAAGGUGUUGGCUGGCCCUGAUUGUUUCAUGUCUGGAAUUUCUGAUUUCUGAGUGGUGUUCUUAGUUGUAAAUAAUAGAAAAUCUAUUACAGGUGUAUGUGCGUAUUCAAUCUUUAAAAAAGGUGUUUCUUAAAAUAUGUAAGUGCAGCUUAAUCUAGUUUAACUUGAAAUGGCCUGUUUAGAAUCCUGAGUUUAUUCUGUAUGUUGUGAUAUUAAUGGAAUAAUUUUACACUGAGUCUAGUUGGGGUGUUUGACAACACUCAUGUCCUAUAUUGGACCUUUUAAAGGCUUGUGGAUGAUUGUUAAUAUUUUUGUCCUUUUAAAAUUAUGUCAUUUAUACUAUGUUUUGUUGAAUUUAUUUUUAGUAUGAUGCUUGUUGUUUUAACUGUCGAUUUUAUGAUGUAAAUGCGAUUCAUUGGGUUGUUUCCGUGUGAGCCGCUCCAAGUCCCCACGGGGAGAUGGUGGCGGCAUAUAAAAAUAGUUGUUGUUGUUAUUAUUAUUAUUAUUAUUAUUAUUAUUAUUAUUAUUAUUAUUAUUAUUACAUGGGCAGCCUCUCCCAGUGGGUUGAAAGCAGAAGUUCAGGAAAGAAUGCUCUGAGGCUGAAUGGAGCCGAGGAAGAGGACUCCAUUUAAUAACCUCUCCAGUAUAUAUGUCAGUUAUGUAGAAUCAUAGACUAAUAGUGAAGGGACCAUAAGCCAGAAAAUAGCAAACUAUUGCCUAUGUAGCUUUGCCUUUGCAUAUGCCCUUCCCUUCCUGUGAGCUGGUGCCUUUCUCCAGAAAGUUCCAAGAAGAGAAGAAAGUUCAGAGUAAACAAGUUAGCUCAUUGGUAUCACUUGUGCCAAAGUAGGUGUGGAAGGUGGGGAAGAUCCUCAGCCAUUGGUUAAUUUUAGAUAAGCCAAAGGUAUAUAUAUUCUUUGUUAACUGCGCACAUGGGGCGGCAGCCAUUUCCAUGAUAAAGCCCUUUGGGGUAUGUACGGCUGUUUGCCUUAUUAUUAGCUGUGAUAACAAUAAAAGGCUUGUUUUA